ACAGUCAUAAUAUUGUUGACAGGUGGGGAAUUUAUAAUUAAUAAAUUCCUUACAGUAGUGCUAAAUUUAAUAAUACCGAUAAAAUUAGACUAUAAAAUAGUGUAUGUGGAUAAAUUUAGAAUUUUUGACCAAUUUGUAUAGUUACACACAAUAUCAAAUUAUUGCAGCGUAAAAAUGGCUGGAAACGACGAUAACAAGCCUGAAAAUAGCGAAACAGGAAUUGAUGGCAGUGCAAACAUUGAAAAUAACGAAAAUAUUCGUGAAGAGUACGAAUUUUUGGAUUCUAAACUUGAUGAAUUAAAUUCAGCACUGGACUUUUUAGAGCAGAAGAAUGAUGAUAUACAUAAGAAGCUUAAAGAACUUCUACAAUCCAAUAUUGAUAUACGUCAACAAUUAAAGGAUGCAAAUGCAACAAAUGAGAAUUGAAUUAAAAAAAGUUUUAAAAAGUCUCUAACUCUACUCUGGUAUUUUAAAAUAUGGUGGGGGGUUUUUGCUUUUCUUAUAAUUCUUUUCCACUAUGCUCUAUCCUCUAUAUCAGAAUGUGGAGUUGCCAAUUUUCAGUCAUUUCUCCAUUUUAGUAUUAAUUGAACUGCAUCACCUUUUUUAAUAUACUUUGAAAUUACUUGUAAAAUUUACAUGUGAACAGUAGAUUUAAGAUAUUGAU